AUGACCACAGUAGAGGACUCAAAGAUCUCGGAGGCUCAGGUUGAGCCUGUCGAGUCUCAGAAGCCGAUGUUGAACAACAUCGACGAUGACCCAGUCUACUCUUAUCGGGAGCAGCGCAAGAUUAUUCGUCGCAUCGAUGCUCGUCUGAUAGUGAUGCUUGGAUUUCUCCACACGGUUUCUCUUAUCGACCGGGGAAACCUGGGUACUGCAUCUGUGGCUGGAAUGGAAAAGGAGCUGAAGCUCAGGGGAACGCAAUAUAGCACAAUCGCGGUAGCCUUUUUCCCUCCUUACAUCUGUUUGCAGAUAUUCGGCCCCAUUCUAGUUCGUAAGAUCGGUCCAACCCGGUAUCUCUCGGGAGUUUGUUUUCUGUGGGGAGUUGUCAUGCUAUCUGCGGGCUUUAUCAAGAAAUGGACUGAAAUGGUAGGUAUCCGCGUGAUCAUUGGUGCUCUGGAGGCAGGCUUCUUCCCUGCGGCGGUAUACUUGAUAUCCACUUGGUACACAAGAUAUGACAUUCAGAAGCGAUAUGCCAUUUUCUACCUUCUUGGAUGUGUGGCUUCAGCCUUUACCGGAAUCCUGUCCUAUGGUAUCACCUUCAUGCACGGACUUGGAGGCCUCACUGCGUGGCGUUGGAUCUAUGUUAUCCAGGGACUUCUUACCUGUGUCGUGGCCAUCAUUGGCUAUUUCGUUCUCAUCGACUUCCCUGAUCGCAUGAAAAACAACAAGCAAAAGUUCUUGUCAGAGGGCGAAUACGAAUUCAUCAUCCGACGAAUCACCAAGGAUCGAGCCGAUGUUACCAUUGAACCCUUCAACCUAAAGAAAUACCUCAGUGCUGGGCUGGACAUAAACAUUUGGGCUUUCGGCUUCAUCUAUUAUUCUACCACUACCACUGCCUACGCCAUAUCCUACUUCUUGCCAAUUAUUUAUCGCCAGGGAAUGGGUUUCUCCAUGGGGGCUUCGCUGUGUUUGUUUGCGCCUCCCUAUGCUGCAGCUGGAAUUCUCAUGUUCGCCACAUCAUGGAUUGGAGAUAAAUAUCACCUCCGUGGCCCAAUUUUGAUUUUUAACGCGAUACUCACCAUAAUUGGUCUGCCCUUGAUGGGAUUCACAACCAACAAUGGGACUCGUCUAUUGGGCGCCUUUUUGACCACCAUGGGCGCGAAUUCAAACGUCCCUGCGGCAAUGGCAUACCAGGCAAACAACAUUCGAGGCCAAUGGAAACGAGCCAUUUGCAGCGCUAUUUUCGUCGGAUUGGGUGCUUCAGGCGGCAUGACUGGAUCUUUAGUAUACCGAUCGCAAGAUGCGCCAUUCUACCACCCGGGCAUUCUGACCUGUGUAGGACUAUCUUGUCUGGUAAUCAUUCUGGUCUCGCUCUUGUCAAUUCGCUUCUAUAUUCUGAACCGAAAGAUGGCUCGUGGUGAGAUCGUCAUUGCAAACCUUCCAGGGUUCAGGUAUACCUACUAA